UUUGGGGGAAAAAAAUAAAAAUAAAAUCUUUAAAAAAAAAAAGAAAAAUCACAACUAGUAUUCCAUUCACUUGAAAAAGGGCAGCACAACAGGGGGUGGAAGGAUUUACUGCUUCUCUUUUUAAACUCUAUAAGAGAUGGUUAAAUAAUGAGAGGUAAGCUUUGAUAAAGCAUGGAUACAGCAGGUUUAAAGUUAAGUGCCUAAUGUAAAGAUUAUUGAGUAUAACUACCCAUUAUUGGUCACUGUUUGCCAGAAUUGGGUCCAGAGUUGCAUUCCCCAUCCUCAUAGACUCAAUAAGGAAACGAAAACCCAGGGGAGCUGUGAAACUUGCUUGGAAUCAAUAGGCAAGCUCUUGACCCAGAUUCAUUAUAAUAUUCAUAUUUAGGGUUUUCAGCCAGCAGCAGGACCAUCUGUCCAUGAUGUCUUACUCAAGGGCUGCCAGUUCCCAGCUCUUCUCAUUCACUUGAACCAGAACAUAGGAGUGAAGGUAGAAGGAAUCAUUAAUCAGAGAGCUCCUGAAAUUUCCUGUUAAUCUCACUCCCUUUCUUCUGAGUAAAGUGAAUCAUUCCAGAGAAAAAUCAAUCAACCCAUUGCAAUUUGUUUGCCAUCCCACCUUAAGCCACGAAUGUAGACAGUAGAGAACCAUACAACUAGGAGAAAUUUUAAAAGCUCAUUAAUCCAACCCUUUUCUUCCAGUGGGGAAAUACCAAUCAAGGGAUUAAACUAAGAACUUAAAAUAACUCUUCCACACUGACAGCUAUUUCCUCUGCUCUAGCCAUCCUCUCAUCGUCUCUAAUCAUCUUUGGUUUUUCUUUAAUCUCUGAUGUCUCACCAUGACCAUCCCUUUUUGCUUCCUCCUCUCCUCUCUUCCUUUACCAUGUUCCAAGACUAAAGUAUUAUACACAAAGAAACUGAAAUACACAGCACUAAGUACCAACCACAACUUUACUUAUAUGCUUGCAGCCUCAUGGGCAUUCUCUUCCCUUAAUUGUGAAGAACUUGGAGACUAGGCUUGUACAACAUCAACACUGUCCCAAACAGCUAGCCAUGUAAUCAAAAUUCUAUUCCAUUCUUUCUACUACAAAGGAGGAAAAGGAAUUUUCUCAUUUCCUUUCUGCAUACUCUCCACUCUAUGUAAGUUUACAUUCUAGAAAAGAUAAGAAUGAGCCAGUAGCCUCUGGAAGUUUCUGAACUGGCAGAGCAUCUAGCAAAGCAAAUGUCCUCUCCCACACACGUUUCCAGUAAACCCCUAAUCUCUGGCAAAAGUGCUCUAGGUGCAAACUCCUGGGAGCAAACGUUUUCUGUAAAGAUUUCUGUAAAUAUUUUAGGCUUUGAAGGACAAAUGCAGAUACUCACUUCUGCCAUCAUAGCACCAAAGCAGCUACAGACAAUAUGAAAGUAAAUGAGCAGGGCUGUGUUCCAAUAAAACUUAAUUUACAAAUCAGGCCAACUCUUGCCAUAAAACAUACUUUCUCCCUAUAAAUCAUCUCUCCACUAGAGAAAGAACCUUCUUUUCUCUGGUUCCUCAUCAUUUCCCUCUCUCCUCCACGCUAACUCUUGUUUUGCCCAUUCUCUAGGUAAGAUCUCUCCAGAGGAUGGAAAGAGUCAAUAGCACAUUGUUGACUGAGUUCAUCCUGACAGGAAUUCUCUACCCACUCAGGUUAAGGACAUUUCUUUUUGUGUUCUUUUUGCUAAUCUACAUCCUGACUCAGCUAGGGAACCUGCUUAUUGUAAUCACUGUCUGGGUAGACCCGCAGCUCCAUGCCCGCCCCAUGUACAUCUAUCUUGGUGUUCUCUCCAUCAUCGACAUGGGCAUCUCUACCAUCAUUGUCCCUCGUCUCAUAAUGAACUUCAUUUUAGGCAUCAAACCCAUCUCGUUUGGUGGCUGUGUCGCUCAACUCUAUUUCUAUCACUUUUUGGGCAGCACUCAGUGUUUCCUGUACACAUUGAUGGCCUAUGAUAGGUACUUGGCAAUAUGCCAGCCCCUGCGCUACCCUGUUCUCAUGAAUGCCAAGCUGAGCACCUUGCUUGUGGCUGGAGCUUGGGUUGCAGGAUCCAUCCAUGGAGCUCUCCAGGCCACCCUAACCUUCCGUCUGCCCUACUGCGGGCCCAACCAGGUAGACUACUUCUUCUGUGACAUCCCUGCAGUUCUGAGGCUGGCCUGUGCUGAUACAACAGUCAACGAGCUGGUGACCUUUGUGGACAUUGGGGUGGUAGUUGCCAGUUGCUUCUCUCUGAUCCUCCUCUCCUAUAUACAGAUCAUUCAGGCCAUCCUGAGAAUCCGCAGAGCUGAUGGGCGGCACCGGGCAUUUUCAACCUGUGGAGCCCAUGUAACCGUGGUAACCGUGUACUAUGUGCCCUGUGCCUUCAUCUACCUGAGGCCUGAAACCAACAGCCCCCUAGAUGGGGCAGCUGCCCUAUUCCCCACAGCCAUCACUCCUUUUCUCAACCCCCUCAUUUACACUCUACGGAACCAAGAGGUGAAGCUGGCUCUGAAGAGAAUGAUAGGAGUCCUUGGGACUAAGAGUAAGGUUUGAAAGUGUCUGUCUCACAUUAGGGAAACCUUCACAUUUACGAUUUAUUCUAAUGUUUACAUUUCGGUGAGUUUUGUUCUUCUUGCUUUUUCUCUUUUAUGUAGCCAUAUAAUAUCAAUACAACAAGAUCAAACAGAGGUUGAAGUAAAAUACUACUUUAUAGCAGUCCUUAGUGUCACCUUCAGAUAAACAACUCUCGGCUGCUCCGAGAGUAGAGACUAAGACUAAAACCACUCAGAAGAUAGCAAGAGCUGGCACACUUGGACUUUCAGAAGUUUGGUACACCAACAGCAUCCAAUGGGCUUUUCAGCUUUUAGGCUGACAUUGAUCAAGCCCUCAUAAGAUGGACUAUAGUUCUUUUGACGGGACAGUGUUCUUCGGUUCUGUUUCAAUUGGCUGUAUACCUUAGGAGCUAGUGCUAGAAGAGAAACUAUAGAUGCCCUGCUGCAUGCAUCUGACAAGCUCGGCUUUGGGGACUUCCUGAGACUACUAUAGAAAGUGAAGAGGAACUAAAGUGCAUACUCUUCCUUGCCUGCUAAAGACAGGAACCUUCUCUUAAACUGGUGCUUUCACAAACUAAACCGAAUUAAACAAUCCAAGAAAGAGAUUGCAAUACAGUCUUUUCAAAUGUGUCAAUAAUAAAAUCCCUCACACCAAAAAGUAAAGGUCAGUGUGAAUUUUCCCAUUAAAAGAAAAUAGGGCAAUUAAUCAAGACACCAGGAUAAUUUAUCCGAAUUAGUAUUUCGUAUGAAUUUAGAUUCAUGAGGUUGACAAGCUUUCAUUGAGUUGGCCAGUGCUUAAUCAAUAUGGGCAAAUUUUCUGCAACAUCACUGGUUUCAACCCCUUAACGCCUUUACUCUUAUCCUCUUAUGCUUCUGCCUCAUUCUCCAGCUUCUUAUACUGGAUGGUUGCUUUAUCCACAUUGUGAAAGCAUGUUUUCUAUAAAACAAAGUCUCUUGGUCAUAGCAGGGAGUUAACAGUUUGGUCAAGUGUAUGUUCACCUUGAAAGGACUCACAAGUUCGCCUAAUUGGUAAGGAGACAGAAAACUUACCAUUCUCCCUUAGAUGAAGGUGAACCACACAAUUUUCAAUAUUUUGUUCAGAAAACAAUCAAUACACUAAAUAUCAACUACCUCAAACUAGAAUAUUACUUACGAAAUAUCUAAUCUUUCAAAAUAUUUAAUUAAAAAAAUGGUUGAAUAGCGAAUUACAAAAAUAACCUUAAAUCUACAGCUUGCAAACCAAAGACAUUUCAAAGGCUAUUAUACAUCUUGUUCCUGUUUUUCCAUGUGCUUAGCAUAAUUGCUAUCAUAGCUAUUGUCUUGAGAAUUAAUAAAAUGAGGUUAAAAUAAUCUGUAAACAUAUAAUAAAA